AUGGGGCCACCUACGACUUGCAUCAGAGGCUGUGAGGAUGCCGGCUUUGCCUCCUCGCUAUUCCAGUUCAUUGUAUCCUCGCUGCACCCACCUACUACUUGCAGCACGGAUGGCUCGCCUCCUCGCGCACGCCACUAUGAGCCCGAGAUGUGCUUCACUAACACACCAGGAACGAUCAAGGCACUGGCGGCCUUCUGCUUCUGCGUCAACAUGUUCAACCUCGUGUACCUCUUCAUGCGGUACGAAGAAUUGCUGCCCGCCCAGGCUCAGCAGCUCAGGAACCAGGUCGAGAGCGUUAUGCCUGACGUCAAGAAUCUUGACAAAUACAUGGAUCGACGAGAUGGUGUCAUCUUCGUCAGCCUUUUUGCGGCCAUCAGCGUUCUGUUCGACUAUGUCCUCUACCUGGGAGUAGACAGCCAGAAGCCUAGGCUGAUCUUGUGCGCGUGGACGUGGGGCAUAAUCGACAGUUCCUUCGACGCCGCCAUCGGAAUCGCCUCGGGAAACAUGAGCUUCAUGGAUGGCCUCGCAAGGACGCCCGCGCCCAUCGAAGUCACAGUGCUAACAGAGAAGCCAAUAUUUCACCUGCACGGCAAAUCUAUCCAAAGGCUCGGCGCGGCGCCAGAGGUCCGGUCGCCAUUGACGCCAGCGACGCCCGCCGAAAAAGGUCCACCCAACAAUGAGACCGUAUCCUCCGCGCGAGCUCCGAGAGAGCAGGUCAUCGACUACCAGUCGACCAUUGUCGACCACGAGGCCUAUCGACUUACGCAAGAACAAAGCACGGUCCUGCUGCUGUACGUUCUAUUUCGACUGAUAUUUAAGGUGGUGGCACUGGCCGGUAUCAAGGACUUCGCCAGCCGGGUGGCCAUCGAGUGCGAGAAGCGGAACCUGGCGCUGCAGCUCGGCUACGAGGCAGAGACGGUGUCCCUCGAAGAGCCGGCCGUGCCGGGGCCGCCCAAGUCGCGCAAGAUCGCCAUGCCCGUGCCGCAGGAUCUACCAGCACCGAAAGCGUUGCCCCCUCCGGUGGUUCCACACUUUAUCCCGGGCAUGCCUGGAAUUCCGUUUCCUCCUCCGCCCGGGUUUAUUGCGCAGCCGCCUCCGGAUGGCAAAGAGCCUCCGGAUGGCAAAGGGCCUCCACCUCCUCCCGGGAUGCUGGCGGCCAGCGACACUCGGUCACCCGCUCCCCCGGGGUUCCUCUUCCCGCCACCCUCGGUGGUUCCCUACCCUACGGUGGACCCCACGUCGUUCGGGAAUCGGCCCUAUUGAAAAAGGGGGACGACACGCUAACGAACGGCACAGAUGAAACUGUUGCAUGCGCGGCGUGCCGAGCCUCGCACAGAAUCGGCCGUCCGCAAACAGGAUUAA